UGCAAGACGGCUUCAUUUUGACAAGUUUUUUUUAUUUAUUCAGAAAUAGUUAUAAAUUAAGCAAACAAAAACUUUUUGAGAUCACAGCUGAGAUAAAGCCCCUUCAGAAGUGCUGGCAGAUGGACGGAAAGAAGGGAUUCUUCUUGGAGAGUUUAGGUCUCUGGAGGUGCAGUCAAGAGCUGUUAACUUUGAAGGACCAAUGAAAGACCAACUAUACAAGAGAAUUAAACUUCCUCAGGAUUUGAUAGUCUUCAUCAAAAACAGCAGGGUGGUCUCCAAGUACCAGACUGACUUUCAGCAGAGAUUCAAGAACCCUGUGUUUCUGGAGGUGGGGAAAGAUGUAGUUCUGUCCAGCUUGUGCUCUCGUGACCUUGAUGAGGCAACAGGUGCAGUACUAAAUGACCUGAGUGUGGAGAUCGAGAAGCUGCGAGGUGCUGCAGCUGUGCUUCCAAAUGUAGACAAAAUCAAACAAAUCCUCACCAAAGCUGAGAAUGAGGUAAACUGUGGUGAGCUCAGAGUCAUGGUCUCCUUCAUCUCAGAGCUGGGUACUGCAUCAGUGGUUAAAGUACGGCUGGUGGGCUACACAAAGUAUGUGAAUGAGCUCAGAGAGCAUCUGCUAAAUGAGAUUAUUAUCGAAGAAGUGCUUGACCUUGUUCACCCCGAGCUGGUGAACUGCUUUGAUGACAUCUUGGAGCUCAUCAGCUUGAAGACGAGCAACAUAUCCAUGAAAGCCACAUGUCUUCCUCACCCGAGUGUGACAGUGUCUGGUCCCUGUCGUCUGGUUCAGGACACCCAUUCCGCUCUUGCAUCUGCUUUGGCCAAACUGAUUUUUGACAUAGUGGUCUUAGAUGGACCGGGGGCUCUGCACUAUUUCAGCACUGAUGGAAAAAAGGAAAAAGAGGCUGUUGAGCGUUUGUUCCAUGUCUGCAUUAGAGAAAAGCAAGGUUCCAAUCAACAGUCUAGCUUCCUAUUUGUGGGGUUGACCAGAGAUGGUGUGGAUGAAGCUGUGACCAAAUUAAACAUCUUGUUUGAAGAUCGCUGUUCUACAAAAAUCUUUACAAAUGAGGAUCUCAAAGACCUCACUGAAGAUGGCAUGAAGGAUUUGAGAAAACUGGCCCAACAGCAGAAGCUGUAUAUUAAAGAGAACCCGCAAGGCCAGGGUGGACUAAUAAUAAGCGGGUUAAAAGCUGGAGUCGGCCAGGUGGUGCAGAUGGUCGACACCGCCAUCCCCCUUAGAAGAGAAUUGAGAGUUAAAGAAGAAGACAGUUUAUACCUUCGUGUGGCCUGGUGCCUCCUGGCACCCAAUGAGAGCUGGGAAAGACUCCCUAAAGCAGAAAAUUAUGACUUGGAAAAGGGAAAUAUUGCAAAUGGUAUAGUGGACGCAAAAGGAAUCAAGUGGACUGUGAAUCUACAGAAGACAGAGGCCAGAAGUCGAGCAUCAAAAAAAGCAGCAAAGCUGAAACGACUGGAGAAUUUGAUAGGGGAGAAUGCUGGUGGUUAGUGAUGACCUCAUGUUAAUGGUAUGAAACUCUUUAUUUUACCCAUACAGCUUACCUUACGCCAAUGUUUGCCAUGGCUCUACACUGCAAAUUAUGUCACAUUUGCAAAGAUUUAAAACCUUUUUUCUAGAUGUUAAAGAUAUUUCACCAGGA